AUUUGAACGUAAACAAAUCGAAGGUGGGGCGGUGGAUUCACUUUUGAACUAGUUUUGGAGCCACAAUUACUUAAAAGAGUUCACUCCGUAGCCUCGAGGAGUGUGAGUGAGCGUUCAAGCCAGGCAGGUGAAUCAGUGAGUCGCCGAGGGAACGAGGGAGCAGGAUGCCUUGUGAAAUCAUCACCCUACAAUUGGGCCAGUGUGGCAACCAGAUUGGGUUUGAGUUCUGGAAGAAGUUGUGUAGCGAGCAUGGAAUAUCUCCUGAAGGGACGCUGGAAGAUUAUGCCACGGAGGGCACAGACAGGAAGGAUGUGUUCUUUUACCAGGCAGAUGAUGAGCACUACAUUCCCCGCUCUGUGCUGCUUGACCUGGAGCCUCGUGUCAUUCACACCAUCAUGAAUUCUCCUUAUGCCAAGUUGUACAAUCCAGAGAACAUUUACAUGUCCAAGCAAGGUGGAGGAGCUGGCAACAACUGGGCAGCAGGGUUCAGCCAGGGCGAGCGCAUCUAUGAUGAAGUGUUUGACAUCAUUGACCGAGAGGCAGAUGGGUCAGACAGUCUGGAGGGGUUUGUGCUGUGCCACAGUAUUGCAGGAGGCACAGGCUCUGGCCUCGGCUCAUACAUCCUGGAGCGCCUCAAUGAUCGCUUCCCUAAGAAACUGGUACAGACGUACUCAGUGUUCCCAAACCAGGAUGAGAUAAGUGAUGUCGUGGUUCAGCCGUACAACUCUUUGCUCACCCUGAAACGCCUCACCCAGAGUGCAGACUGUGUGGUGGUGCUGGACAACACAGCACUCAACCGUAUUGCUUCAGACCGCCUCCACAUCACCAACCCAACCUUCUCUCAGAUCAACUCACUUGUGUCCAAUAUCAUGUCUGUGUCCACGGCCACUCUGAGGUAUCCAUCGUACAUGAACAAUGACCUGAUUGGCCUGAUUGCACCCCUCAUCCCCACCCCAAGGCUUCACUUCCUCAUGACCGGCUUCACCCCACUCACCACAGACCAGGAGGUGGCAUCAGUAAGGAAGACAACAGUACUGGAUGUGAUGCGGAGGCUCCUCCAGCCUAAGAAUAUGAUGGUGUCCACACCGCUGGAUCGCAACACCCAGCACUGCUACAUCUCCAUUCUCAACAUCAUCCAGGGAGAAGUUGAUCCAACACAAGUUCACAAGUCCCUGCAGAGAAUUAGGGAGAGAAAAAUGGCUCAGUUUAUUCCCUGGGGGCCGGCAUCCAUCCAAGUGGCCCUAUCCAAGAAAUCUCCAUAUAUUCAGUCAGCCCAUAGAGUGUCUGGCCUCAUGCUGGCCAACCACACCAACAUCUCUGCUCUGUUUGAACGCACCCUGAAGCAGUAUGACAAGCUGAGGAAACGUGAGGCCUUCCUGGAACAGUUCCGCAAGGAGAACAUGUUUGCUGAGAGUCUAGAUGAACUUGACCAGUCGAGGGAGGUGGUGCAGCUGCUGGUGGAUGAGUAUGUGGCAGCCACCAAUCCAGACUACCUCUCCUGGGGGCUGAAACAAGGUCCAAUGGAAACCUAAGCUUCCAUGUAGUCUUCAUUGUUUGCCGGGUUGUUUGGAGUAAAAGUUCCAUAUUGCCAUGUUAGCACAGAUCUUUACUUUAUUUAUGCUAUCGUUUAAUGUACGUAUAAGUUUUCAUCUGUUUCUCUCCCCAUCUUUUUGGAUUUCUGUGUGUGUGUGUGUGUGUGUGUGUGUGUGUGUGUGUGUGUGUGUGUGUGUGUGUUUUCUCUUGUAGCAUAAACAGCAUAUGCUCCUUUUCUUUAUAAUUUCAUUGUAAGGAAGUAGAGCACUGUCAAUCAUACACUGUAAAUACAUCAUGUCUCUGUAGCGGAUGGGGAGAGCAAGGUGACCAGUCUCCUUUUGGGUCAUGAUGAUCACUGACUCUCUUGGUACUAGUUGCAGCAACUCCCCUCAUGGCUGACCUUCAGAUGCAUUUCUAAUAGCUUCAAAAUGUGAGACAUUGCACCAUUAAUCUAUUAGUGGUAACUCUGACCAUAUUAACAUUGUAAUGACCUUUUGCAUUCUCCAUGUCAUGAGUGUAUCCUGCCUUAACAAACAAAGCACCACCCCAGAUAUUUGGACAAAACAGUCACUCGCAAUUCUAGAUACAGCUCACAUGAGGAAGUGUCUUCAUUGUUUUUAAUACCCUGAGUUUUGUGAUCCUCAAGUUUAGCACUAUUCCUUUGGAAGAGAGCAAGCACAAAACUCAGGAGGGCACUGUUUAUAGUUUAUUGUAACUAAAAACCAUGUGAUUUUUUUAUGCUGAUACAGGGUCAUUAAUUCAAUGCAUUCCAUAGGCUAUGCUGACUAAAUCAAACUGCUUUCAUGAAGUGUGUUUUAUUGGUUGGCUUAAAAUUGAAUUAAAAUUUAAAAAGUAUAA